GCAGAAAAAUUUGAAGCUGAUUCCUCCAUUUUCUUCAACAAACGAAAGUUUUUCAAUCGUGGUCUUUGAAGAUGUUACAAAAUGUUCAACACCAACUUUUGCAAUCGCCGGCACGGCUAGGCCUGCCAACUCCCAGUUCACCUUCUCUACAAAACACAGCUCCUCCUCCUAAGUUCUCCUCGCAAGUGUCGCAACCCAAUCAACAGGCAAAUAUAUUAACUACCACUACCACCUCAUCAACGCUCCUUCCUCUUCUCCCACCUCUCUCUAGAGCUCAGUCUCUUCUCAUUCAAAUGGCAUCUCUUGGUUCAAGGCUCUUUGAAGUCUCACCUAACCGGUCCCAUUGGCUUAGUGCUUUUCGUGGCUCUUUCCCUUCAUUUCUGCCUUCUACAGCACCAAUUCCACAAGAUUCCAGCCCAUCAUCCUCAAAAGAAAUCCUCUCAGUGUUUACUUCUCUUCAGACACAACUGUUUGAAGCAGUUGCUGAACUACAAGAAAUACUUGAUCUUCAAGAUGAGAAGCAAAAACUCACCCGUGAAAUUAGGUCAAAUGAUUCUGCAAUUCUUGCCUUUGCCAACAAACUCAAAGGAGCUGAGCGUGUUCUUGACAAUCUUGUUGAUGAUUACGCUGACUAUCGUCGUCCCAAACGGGCCAAGUUGGAAUUCGAUACCGAAGAAUCUUCAGUAACAUCUGUGGCGACUCAGUUGAAAUUAUCUGACAUUUUGUCAUAUGCUCAUAGGAUAAGUUACACUACUUUUGCACCACCUGAAUUCGGUGGUGGACAGGCUCCUCUCCGGGGAGCUCUCCCACCGGCUCCACAGGAUGAGCAAUUGCGUGCAUCUCAGUUAUAUAUCUUUGCUGAUCUUGAUGUUGGUUUACCUAAAACAGAUGAAGGCAAGGAGAAUAUUUUGGAGCCACUCAUUGAACCUCCGGCAGAAAGUAACGCACUUGCCAAUCUAUCAUCAAUUCAGGGCCUCGUCCCUCCAAAUAUUGUAGUGCCAUCUGGUUGGAAACCUGGUAUGCCUGUUGAGUUGCCCACUGAUCUCCCUCUUCCUCCACCUGGGUGGAAGCCUGGUGAUCCAAUUGCUCUUCCUCCAGUGGAUUCUCGUCCACCUCAAAAGGUUGAGGAGGCACCUGCACGACCAGUACCUCCUCCAGGACUUUCAAGAAUGCCCGAACCAAUACAAGUUCGACAUGUGCAGCUUGAUAUUGAUGAUGAUAGUAGCGAUUAUAGUUCUGAUGAGGCCAGCUCUGAUAGUGAAGAUUGAUGUGGUGUUAGCUGUUUUGAGUUGCUAAUAAAGGUAUAGCAUCUGCAGCUUGAUAUUACUUCUCCUUGCACAAAGCAGUGGUUUCUCUUUUUGCCUCACUAUUGGAUAACUUCUCUUCCCUCGAACAAGAGGUACCCCUGCUCUCUUCUGUCUGCUUAAUUGGGGGGCAUUUUAGUUUCAAUUUCAUGUUCUUUAGCUUUCUCUACCGUGUGUGUUGUUUAGUAACAGGUCUUAUGUCAACAAACUCUUCCCUGCUAACUAUGUGUCAUAUUCGUCCCGACAGUGUUUGGAGAGUCAAGAUCUAACUGUGAGCUUCUCUUUUUUCAUGAAAAAUGUUUCUUGUUUAUACUAGUUAACCUGAAGAGUAAGAUCAUUAUGAUA